CUCUCGUACUCUCUCGUAGUAAGGCGAGGAAGGUGGAUGGGGGUAAACAGUUUGUUGUUCACCGGCGUACCGAUCGGUUGUGUGCGAGAUGUCCGCUCUUGAAUACCUCGUCAACGCAUACUAUGUAGAUUAGAAAUUUACUUAUCGUAGUUAUGAAUGUUUUUUUCGUGUUGUAAAACUAAUUUACCGUCGGAUUAUCGUCAGAAUACAGCUUAUCCUUAGGAUUAUCGGAGUAAAGUGAUCCGCUAGGCACUGAUCCGUGUUCGGGUAAAAUAUGCUCAAGUUUCUAACUCACAAACUUCGUACGCAUUCCUUGAAUGAAGAACACCCACAUCAAAAGGUUGAGGACGACGAUCACGAUUCUGGCACUGAAUCCGACGACGAACAGGGCGAAAGUGAGGAGCCAGAAAACAGUGAGUGUCACAAAACCCUGUGUUCUGGCUGUUUCGUUGAGCAUGGACAGUGAGGCGGGCAGUGUGAUAGGCGCUAGUGUGAGCAGUGUGACUCCUGCUUCUCCUUACUUCCUGGACUCAGCGCUGCCCAGUGACUCGGGGGAAGGGGAAGGAGACCACCAUAGCUCUGAGGAGGAGUUAGAAGUUAUCAACAGUUCCCACGGUCACGACCAUGCGGCAGACGCAGCCCUCCGGAGCCGCUCCGCCAGCACCGUCCCAGAGAAACGGAAGUGGUCACAGGUGACACCGGAAGUAUCCAGUGAGCCCAGCAGACGUACUGUGGUGUCGUCACUAUCCCUGCCUAGAUGUGAACUGUCUAGCAGUAGUGAUGAGGAAGUCCAGGGACUGCUAGCCACCAUGUCGCCUCCUGUACAGUUCCGCACGUCGCCGCCUCGCCACGCCCACCGCCCCGGCCACCGCUCGCUAAGCCCCCCGCCUAAGCUGUUUCACUAUGUGCCGUCGCCCCGGAAGAGGCACCGUCACACCGCCGCCAUCCAACGUCCGUGCCUAGAUUUCGAGAAAAUGCAACAGUUGAAGGCGCGAGCUGUGACAGCAUGGAGACACAGCGGAGAGCAUGGUGGCGAACUCUCCGUCUUCUGUUGGUGAUCCGAAGCCCACCGCAGCCGCAACCAUCGCAACAGACUUUUAACCAAUUAUAGUGUGCACACGCAACCGUCGCGCGAUAGAGCAUCAAAAUAACCGGAAGAGUUUUAUUUACAGUUUUUAUCGUAGUUACGCGAGUGUUAAGUGAACGGUGCGACGAACGAUGACGGGACUAUAUCGAAAUGGAACGAAAAAUUUGUAUUAAAAGAACUAUUAUAUUUUAAUUAUUAGAUUACGUUAAAUACCUAUUACUAUAAUUCUAUGUUAUUCAUGUAUGUUGAAGACGUUUAUUUUGAAUCGGUGUGAGUGCAGUGAAUGUUUAUAAGUGUAUGGCACUCUGGAUGCCGUGUGAUAGGUUAUUAAAUGACAAAUUAAUUUAUAUUGUGUUUUUGAUCGUCCUUGUUACCUUACGAUUUUCUUAGGCUUUAGUGAGUUUUGUAUUUAAAUCCACUUGACUGAAAUUAUAAUAUUAUUUGAAGUAAA